AUGAAGCGCGGACGAGACCCACACGAUGAUCCGCGCUCCGGACCCUCGAAAAAUCAAUUACGCGGCCUGACCUUCACAGCUCAGCAACCCGCCUUCCUUCGCAAUGCCAUGGCAGCUCUCUCUGGCCAGCCGUCCUCCGCACCGGGCACGAAUGGGCGCCCUGCGAUCCCUACUCGACCAGAGGGGAUGGAGGAUGAGCCAGAGUCGGAUCCAGACGAGUGGGAUCUGGGAAGAGGAGAGGAGGCGCCGACUGUUGUGGUGCUGAAGGAGGGGAAACACAUUGACCAGUGCGAGGUGGACCGAUUACGGGCUCAAGCCAAAGACAACGAUUCAGGCGACCCCUUCGCUUCCUCGACCGCAACCGACUCUUCCUCCAAAGCCAAGGGCUCUCUUUCCUUCUCUUCCGGCUCAGGAGCGAAAUCAAAAUCUGUGCGAGGGGGUGGCGGGACAGGCGACUGGUCGGAUGUGGUGAAGCAGUCGAAGGGGGACAGCGAAGUCAAAUCGUCAAAGGGCGAAGCGGCGAAGGAGUCGGCGGGCAAGACGGCUGCGCCUGCACGAACGGCGGAAGAGGUAGUGAAGGACAAAGAGAAAGAGGCGAAGCGAAAGGCGAAGGAGAAGAAGGCGGCGAAGAAGAAGAUCGCGAUGCUGUCCUUCAACGAGGAGUGA